AUGAUCGAUGAUAUGGAGCAAAAAUACCUUGAGGCAAAAACUAGAUACGGUCCACAAGGCUAUCAUACAUACAAGCUACAUAUGAACACUUUGAUCUUAAUGUCAUAUCUGUAUACGCCACCCCUGCGUUUGGAGCUAUCUAAUGCCCGCUUCACUAAGACCCUAAGAAAUUUAGAACCAGGCAAAAACUACAUAUACAUUCCGCAAAAUGGCAAACUGGUCAAGUAUGUCCUGAAUGAGAUCAAGAAGAAACACAAACCAAUCGAAUAUGAUGUUGGAUAUCCUAUGAAUGAUGAUCCUUUGGCAAAGAGGCUUACCGAGUUCAUCAAGAUGUCCCUUCGUGAGUAUCCAAGGGAAUACUUCAUAACCCUUUAUACUGACAAAAAUAAGCCAGCUAAAAAAGCAAUGACAACAUAUCUCUCAAGUAUGUUCGCUGACCAUUCCUUGAACGUGAAUAUGUUCCGCUCUUCCUACGUGAGUUGGUUGUACUCGAACAAUGUUAGCACGAAUAUAUUGGAAGAAGUGGCAUUGAAGAUGCGAACAAGCAUCUUGACGUUUAUGAAGAAUUAUAAGAAGCUGAAUUCUGAACAGAUUAGGGUCAAGAGGGAAAGAGAUGAUGAUAACAGACCUAUUACAAUCAAUGAGGCGGAUGAUUCACCAGCGGCUCGGGGGCCUGUCGCAAAUCCUAUUGCUGCCAUUCCACAACCACAACCAAGACAACCCCAUAAGGAGUACAAAGACCCUAUCGUCUUAAGACGCGCCAGGGUGAACCGUUACAUUGAGAAGACAGGCGGUAGAGAGGCCUUCAAUGAGCGACAGAAAAAGUACUAUAAAGAGAACAGCAAAACUCUAUACAUCAAGAAACUGUUGAGGAUGUACAACACCACCAAGGAGGCAAUAGAUCCUAUCCAACAUACCAUAAAGAAGUAUAAGCUCUACAAGGAAGGGAAUGAAUGGAAAUCUCUGGAGCUUGGGUAA